AUGAAGGGAGGUGCAGCAACUACGAGUGAGGCAUCAUCGACUAGCUCUGCGGGAAUGACUGUGGUUUUUAUGACCUCAAUAAUAUCUUUGACGCCGACACCGAUUACUUCCUCACCUACUUCGAGUGCGUCUUCGGAUCUAACGUUUUAUAAUCCUUCGUCUUCAGCAUCUGAGACCCAACAAACAACUAGCACCGAGCCGACUCCUGUCCCUUCUAGUGACAUCUCUGCGGAUACGAACAAGAAAAAUCACCACGGAAUCAGUGCAGCAGCAGUCAUUGGAAUGUCAGUCGCAUCAGGCAUAGCAGCGUCUUUCAUCAUCGGCGUCGCUGUAUUCUUUUGCUGCAAGAGACGGAGAAAGCAACAAAGAAGCGAGUCAGACCCCCAUGUUUUCGAGAUUGGAGGUGCCAUGACUGAGCCUCCCGACUUUUCGAAACCGAUGCCCCGACUCCCAACAUCUGGCCCAGACCCCGGGUCCUCACCCAGUCCAGUGAGCUCAGAGGGGAGAAAUACACAGCAAAUGAGUUCUGUUAAACCGAUGGCCUUCAUCCGGUCACAGUCACCUUACUCGCCUGGCUAUGCUUCAGCUUCCCACCAACCUCAAAUCAACCAUUCCAGCCGCCAAGAGCGAAUAGGGUUCGCCAUCAGCUCAGACUCCGAUUGGGAUACGUCCCCUCGAACCCAAUCUUCACAGCACAGCGUGGCACGACUGAUACCCGAGGGCUCAAUCGGACUAUAUCCAAAGCCACUUAAAUGGAGCCACCGACCAGUCAGUGGAGAGACCCUCUUUGAAGAAGACGAAAGUCAACAAGCUGCAUUUGCAACAAGUAAGAUAAAACCCAACAGUUCAAAACCAGGAGUCGCACCCAAGCUCGCCGGUCUACCAGCCAACCCCCGUGCAUACAAGGAAGGAGGAGUAGGAGUCCCAGCAGGACCAAGACCAGGACCCCCAAGGGCCCUCGCACCACCAUUCUCCCACACCUCAACUCUCAGAACCUCAACAUCAGACAGCAGCACAGCACCAAACGACACCGCCAACGCAUCAAAUCACAUAUCCACCUCCAACACCAACACCAACACUCUCCUCCCACCCUUCACCACGAAAGCUCAAGACCAAAACCGCACCGCCAACAAACCCCCAGCCCAAACCCCCCAACCGUCCCCAAUCCCAUCCUCCUCAACCCUCCCCAUAGGCUCAGAAAUCGUCUCCAAACCCCGCAUCGUACAGGGGAAGGAUAUAAAAAGAGUCCAAAUCCGCAAUAGUCCACGCCCACCCAGUGAAGUCGUCGCGCCCUACUGUCCUGAUGAUCUCUGGCUAGAGCGAGGACGCACUCUUGUGCCGCCGAAAUCGAGAAAUCCUUCUGGAGAACUGCCUUAUCCUUCCGACAUGUUUCCUGGGGAUGUGCAUUACCCUGAUAGUCCAAAAAAGAAGGCUGUUACGGUUUCCAAUCGUGUUUCUCCUACGAGUCGGAAUUUGACGCCUUCGAGGAGGGGCGAGGAUUUGAUUUUGAGGGUUGAUUGA